ACUGAGCAAAUCACAGUCACUAGACUGGAUCUGACCAUAGACAGUUAAAGACACUGACACACAAACACGCUACGCGGCUUUUUCAGGCAAGAAUUGUCCUCGUCGGCCACCGUAUGAUGUCGUGGCGUUUGCUGUAGUGUUCAAAUUUGCCAGUGACCAGAUUAUCGUUAGCUGUAAUUUCUAUCUAAUUUUGUCUGAAUUUGUUUUCGUACACGUUAUACAGACCCUAACGUUAACCGUCAGUUGUUCAAGAUGAGGCGCGCCGGCUUGGGUGAAGGAGGCACUGGGAAUUAUGUCGCAAGUGGAUACAGUGUGUAUGAAGAGGAAAAUGAACAUCUGCAAGAGGGACUGAGAUCUAAAGUCAGCGCUUUGAAAAGUCUUUCUAUCGACAUUGGAACGGAAGUCAAAUACCAGAAUAAAGUGCUGGAGGAGAUGGACUCAGACUUUGACUCAACAGGCGGCCUGCUUGGUGCCACCAUAGGCAGAGUCAAGCAGCUGUCCAGAGGCAGUCAGACCAAACUGCUGUGCUACAUGCUACUCUUCUGCCUAUUUGUCUUCUUUGUCCUGUACUGGUUCAUCAAGCUAAGGUGAUAAGAAGACCCUGUUGGACUUGGCCUCUUGAUUCCACGUCUUUGUCCCGUCUGCACCACUGUCACGCAUCAAAAAUAAACCAACAUAAUGUUGAUGAGGAAA